GUAAUCGUCCCUGGAGAAAGUGUGUGUCGCGAAGUGAAGGCUUAUCGGUAUUUUUUUCAAGGGCACAAAACUGCGGCUCCCACUUCGUUUCUCAGCCGUUUUUCCCUUCCUCUGGAGUGGAGCUGUCUCCGUCAGCGUCUCGCGGAUGCGGGACUUUGUGGAGCAAUCAGUGGACUCGAGUUCUCUGACGUCACCGCCGCCGCUGCUGAGAGAGAGCGUUCGGGGCAUCAGCAGCAGGCUAGCUGGCUAACUGCGGCUAACGUCAGCUAUGGUCCACCACCAUUGCCUCAUUUCUGAAAUAAACAACUCAUUGGAACCACUCGCAUAGCUCGGAGUACGCCGGGAGCAUGGGGACCGCUUGGAUUUUACACUCUAGCCGAAAUCGCGAUAGCGCACAGGAGCGAGUGAAGAGCUUGCGACACUGAUGCCAGCUGUAGGCUGUAGCUGAGAGCACUCAGGAUGAGUGGGGCUGGAGAGCAUACAGACAUCCUGUCGGUGGGAGACGUGGUCAGAGACAGAUGGAAAGUGGCCAGGAAGAUAGGUGGAGGUGGGUUUGGGGAAAUCUAUGAGGUUCUGGAUCAGCUGAGCCAGGCCACAGUGGCAUUGAAGGUUGAGUCUGCUCAGCAGCCCAAGCAAGUGCUGAAGAUGGAAGUGGCUGUGCUGAAGAAGCUUCAAGGCAAGGACCACGUGUGCCGCUUUGUGGGCUGUGGUAGGAAUGAUCGCUUCAACUAUGUGGUGAUGGAACUCCAGGGGAGGAACCUUGCGGAUUUGCGCAGAACGAUGACCCGUGGCACCUUUUCCGUCUCCACAACUUUAAGACUUGGCAAGCAGAUUUUAGAGGCCAUUGAAAGCAUCCAUUCUGUCGGCUUCCUGCACCGUGACAUUAAACCAUCAAACUUUGCGAUGGGAAGACUAGCCAGCACCUGCAGGUGCUGCUACAUGCUCGAUUUUGGUUUGGCCCGUCAGUUCACCAACUCCAGCCAGGAAGUCCGUCCACCUCGUCCCGUGGCAGGCUUCAGAGGAACUGUGCGAUAUGCUUCAAUCAAUGCUCACAAGAAUAAGGAAAUGGGUCGUCACGAUGACCUGUGGUCCCUCUUCUACAUGCUGGUAGAAUUUAUGAUUGGUCAGCUUCCCUGGAGAAAAAUUAAGGACAAAGAGCAAGUAGGAAAUCUAAAAGAGACAUACGAUCAUCGACUCAUGCUGAAGCACCUUCCCUCAGAGUUUAGUACCUUCUUGGAGCACAUCAUGACCUUGGACUAUUACACUAAGCCUGACUAUCAGCUCCUGAUGUCAGUGUUCGAGAAUGCCAUGAAGAGCCACAACGUGCUGGAGAAUGACCCCUAUGACUGGGAGAAAUGUGAUUCAGAGGAUAUGCUGACCAUCACUGCCGCAGCAACCACUGCUCAGCAGCUCACCCGCCUCACGCCAGCAUACUUGGGCAUGGCCAAUGCUUCAGUGCUGCCAGGCGAGCUGCAGAGGGAGAACACUGAGGAUGUCCUGCAAGGGGAGCGCCUCAGUGACGCUGACAACUGCCCCCCGAUCCCCACGCCGACCACCCCUGGUGCAGACGUAUGGGAAGAGAUGGACCGUAACAAAAACCAUAAACACGCUCAGCCAAUGAUCAGGAAGGUUGUGAGUGAGGACGAACAUAGUCAGAACCAGGGAAACCAAAGUCCAAACACCGGCUCCAUGCAGAGCUCGCCUAGACGGGUGCGAUCAGAGACCAUGUUUUUGGAACGGGCUGCACCGUUGCUCCGGAGGAUGAGACACAGCCAGAGCUUGGCUUUUGAAAAGAGGCUCGGACCAGAACCCAAACCCACCAUCGAGCGGUUCCUUGAGGCCUACCUGGGCAAACAGCGGCCUGUGCUUUCUCAUGUUGGAGAAAAGUCAAUUCCUGAAAAAGGCCCUGAGCAGCAGACGUCUUCCUGCAACGAGGAGCGCUCUGGCACAGCAACCCCCGACCCAGAGGAAGGCGCAGCAAGCAGCGGCUUUGUUGCUGUAAACUUUAGUCCCGUGCCUCAAGAGGGAGACUCUCAGGAGUGGGUGAUGCUGGAGCUAGAGCAAGGAUCUGGAGGAAGCAAGCCAGCAGCAGAAGCAUCACAUGAGGGCAAGCCCGGGUCUCACAUUGCUGCUGAGACGGAGAACCACUUGUCCGAGCGGCAGGAUGGCCAGUCCACCGGUGUGCCCAGCAGCCCUGUGCUGUCGCAGAUGGCCAUGCCUGGCACGUGGUUACUGGGACACAGGAGGCUGCCGGGCAUGCUGGGACAAAUGCCUUCAGUCAUUAUGGGAAGGUCCCAGAUGGAGCAGUCUUCCAGCUGUGUGCCACAAUCACCUGUACAGGAGAGGAGUGAUGCAAUACCUCUAGAGGCACCAUCUGGUAAAUCUGAGGAAGGGAAGUUGGACUUAGCGCCGGUCCCAAGUCUUGCCAAAGGCCCCACAGCUCAUCUGGCCAACGACAGAGACCCAGAGAGCGAUUCUGGUCUGCCCGAUCGCUCCUCGGAACCGAAUCAGCAGCCUCAAGCCGACACCGUGGGCGGUGCUGUUGAGAGCACAGUCACCGUGUCCUCCUCGCCGCCUCCUGCUCUGCUCAAACGAAGGGACUCUCCCUCAUCGCCAAGGUUGAGUCGAAUCCCUGUCCGAGAUCCAAGCAACCCCUUGGACUCUCCGAGCAGGGACCUGAACAUAGAGAAGCGUAACCGCUGGAGCAGUCCCAUCCCCGGCUCCCCCACCCACUCACCCUCUCCAUCUCUGUCCUGUGACAACCUCCCCUGCGCCCUGCCCAGAGACAGGCUCUCCUCAGACCGAGGCUCCAGAUCCGACUGUGCAGGAGAAGACCCUCUCUCGCUGUCCUUGUCAUCAUGCAGUAAAAGUAAAAUCCCACGUCCUGUGAGUGCCACGUUUGUGCCGGAGCAACUCACUAGCAGGUUUCUGCCCCGGCCACCUCCUGGGAAACCGCCCAUCCGCCCAUGUGUAGACAACAGACGGCGGCGGUUAAGGGUGCGAGCCAGCAGCACCAGCGACGCAGACUUCCUGGCGAGCCUGACCCAGCUGAUGCAGGACCGCAGCGGGAUGCUCUUCAGCCCGCCUCCCUGCCCUCGCAGCUCAUCUUCCUCCCUGCAGCGUUCGCUCAGCUCCUCCCCGUCCCGGGAGCUCCGCGACGGCGGGGCACUGCAGGGCCGUAGCCGCUCUCCGUCUAGCUUAUCUGGCUCCCCUCCUCGGCACGCUCACCCUCCGGACAGGUCUGGCGGGCUGGGUCAGUGGAGCCACGGCUCCAGAGGAAGGGGUUCGAUCUACGAGGGUAAAGGCUCCGGCAAAGUGACUUGAUGUGCCCGUGUUUCCACACAAAUGACUGAUCCGUAUCGUGCAACUUGUAGCGAGAGGCUGCCUCACAUCCAGUCACCCUGAUAGCAUGUGUAAAUAUGGUAUUUACUCAAGGGAAUGUACUGUAUGUAAUGUAAAGUGUAUGAUAAAUUGUAUUUAUUUAUUUAUUCAUUCAUUCCUUGGAUGUGUCUCUCAGAAUACUUGACUUUGGUGGCUUGAUACCUGCAGCGGAAACACAAAUAGUGAGAAAAUCUUGAGAUUGCCAACUUUUACCUCUCAUAUCACUACACUCUCUUAACACUCCAUAUAGGCCUACUAUGAGACCAAAAAGGUUAUGUUUAAUACUUGAGGGAUGUAAAAAAAUCCUAAAAUAAAGUAAUGCUAAUUGUAGAUAUGUACCAUUAGGAAAAUGGUAUACACUAAUAGAGCCAUGUACUCACAUUUAGAACACUAUAGUAGUAAACACCACAAGCAGCACACAGACAUCAGCAUUCAUGUACAGAAGCAGGGCAUGCAGUCCCAUAUUGACCUCACUCCUGUAAAACUGCUAGAUUAAUUAUAGUAUGUAACAAUGAAUUGCUCAUUUUGGCAUAUCAGAGUGUGGUAGUGUGCUCUUACUUUGCUAUAAAGUAUUUAUCAUGCAGAAGGCAUCAGCAUAUUAGAAUGUACAUGUUUAAGUGCACUCAUACUUUAGUAUUGUAAACGUGCAUGAGUGUCAUUGCAAAUGAUUUCUGGAUUGUUUUUUUUGUUUUUUUAUUUGUACAAUUGGCUGAAGCAUCUGCAUUUUUAUUGAGCUGCUUCUGAUCAAAAUACAUCCAUGACAUAGACCAGCAA